CGACUACUUCCUCGUCUUUUGUGAAUGUCGCUAAUUCUGAAUCCAAUGGCGCCAAGCAUCUCUCUCUCUGACCCCGCACCACCACUACAAGUAUCGCAUGCUCACUCUGUCACGAAACACCCAAAAACCACAAUCGACGUGAAUAUCGUCGAGAUCACUCCAUCAGACCGUGACAUUUCAUCCUCAUCCUCAUAUUCAUCUGAAAUACAGAUAGAUGAGCUAGAGAACGAACGCGCCCGCCUCCGCCGCCACAUCGGCCUCGAUUCUGCACACCCACCGCAGUCUCAACCUCUCUUCUUCAUCGAGCGAGUCCCGGACACGGACACAGCACCGAUUCCAUGUAGCCUUCCCGGGUGUAGGGAGGGAAUUGCCCCGGGUUCACAGCGGUUGGCUCUGAACCCGGGCAUGAGUGGGGUCAGUUGGUUUCGGUCCUCUUCCGACUACUACCACAUUCCCUGCUUUGAACGCAUCGCCGAUUUCAAUGAGUCCGCCUACCUCAACCGUCUCGUCCCUCUCACCCGGAACACAUUCAGGCUGCGCGGCUUAAAGCUCUCCUCGGUCUCUGACGGAUCGUACCUCCUCUCCGGCGGCGCAGAGCGGCUAAUACUGGAGUGGAAAGUUCGGCGCGGAAUGGACAUCGAUAAGCGCGACGGGGUGUUCGAUCCGGCCUGCUAUGAGCUAGAUCGCGGGGUCCAUGCGUUAAUGUACGAGGCGGGCUCGAGGGGGUACUGGCCCAGCGGUCGCCCGACAGGACUGGAUAUGUACGAGUAUUACACAUUGGCGAGGACGGUGGCUGUCAAUGAGUCUGGAGACGGGGAUGAGGAGGAAUGGAACCUCUUUGAGGCGUUUCUGGGACACGGAGAGAUUGGGAGUGGGUGUGGGCGGCAUGAUCUGAGUGAGUUAUUGGAGAGGUGGGAACAGAGCAAGGUUAGUUCGCUUUUCCCAUCUGAUCUAUGCUGUGCUCCGGUGAGAGCGACUGCUGGGACGCUGACGACGGGUAGAGCCUUGUGUUGCAGGAAGACAAAACGGGUGGAAGAGUACAAAACACCCUCAGUCCGACUGCCAUCAGAGCAAUCAGGCGAUUAUCGACAAUUCCCACGCCGCAGGUCGGCUAUAACAGGAUCUGGUCGUAGGCAUCUGAAAUUGAGUUGCGUUGCCCUGUCAGGUAGGUUUCUAUGGAGACUGGUUCCGGUUUUACUCUGCGAUUAGAUCUAUUCGGUCAAAAAAUAUAGAACGUAAGAGUGAAAGAAUACAUUGCAAGGCUGCCAUCCUUUCU